AUGGCUGCGGCUCUGUCCCGAGCCCUCAAACUGCCCGGGAAGAAGGGCUCUGAGCUCGGCGAGUACGACCCCCUCACCCAAGCAGACAGCGAGGACGAGAGCGAGGAGGAUGACCUGGUCCUCAACUACCCCCGGAACGGCCUGGGCAGGGACGGCUGCCUGGGCUCGGGCUCCUCCAAGCUGCGCGGCGGCAGAUCCGGACGGCUGGUGGGAGCCCCGGACGAGGCGCAGGAGGACGAGGAGGAGGAAGAGGAGGACGAGUGGAGGGAGCAUCUCCCCAGCAAGUCCCGGCAGGACAAGGGCGACAUGAAGGGCGUGCAGUACUGGAGCCACGGGGACUCGGCCAGGGAGAGGAUGGGGGAGGACAGGCGGGGGUCGGGGGCGCUGGGGGGCGCCGGGCUCGGGGUCCACAGCGCCGAGGCGGAGGAGAAGAGGAUGAGGGUGAAGAACGCGGUCCGGAGUGCGUUCUUCCUGGUGCCGCUGGUGUGCGCCAUGCUGCUGGUGCUGCUGUGCGCCUUCCUGAUUCCCUGCCAGAAGGGCGACCUGGAGAAGACGCCGCAGUGGGAGAGAGCGCUGGGAGACGCAGGAGGUGUCACUCCGCCCGCCCUGGCUCUGUGGGACGUGGACGGGGAUUCGGUGGAGGAUGUGUUUCUGGGUGUUACCGGGUGGACCAACGACACCCACGGCGCACAGGGGAACAAAAUUUUCAGCGCGGUGGCCGUGUCUGCCGCCGGCGGCCAGGUGCUGUGGAGGAAGUUCAUGCAGGAGUCUGUGAUGUACAUCCAGUGUGGUCUGCAGUUCAGCAGCCAGCCGUCGGCCGUGUGCCUCCUCAUCAGCAAGUCCAUCCUCAUGGCUGUGAACGGCACCACAGGGAAGGAGCUGUGGUCGGUCACGCUGAAGAACAUCGAAUCCCAGGCGGUGCUGCUUCCGGACCUCCAGGGCGACUCGGUUCCCGACCUGCUCGUUGCCACCCUGCCUGCAGAUGAGGCUUUGGAUCUCUCCCUGAGGUUGAUCUCUGGACGGACCGGUGCCAAGCUCGGAGACCCGGUGCCUUUUAACCUCACCGGACAAGGAAGGCUGAUCGGUCCUCUGCUGCACGAGACGCAACAAGGAGCCUACUACAUCCUGUUUGGACUGGGUAACGUGGAGGCCAUCUCUCUGCGAGACAUCUACGUACGCGCCACCGGCAAAACGAACGUAACGCAGGCGCUGAGAAAGAAGGACCCGGCCUGGGAGGGACUCAAGAAAACCAAUUUGUCCUCCUUCAUUCACAUUUACAGAGGAUCCGAGCGUGUGGAGUUCCUCCUCCCUCUUGUACCCGGCUUCGGCAACAACCGCAACAGCCUGGACACGGUGUCCAACCUGAACUCCAGCAGAAGCGACUGGGUGCUGGUGUACGGAUUCAGCAAGCUGUCGGUGCUCAGACAGAGGGACCUACGCAAGGAGUGGACCUUCAACUCGGCUCCCAUCCACAGUCAGCCGUCCCUGGGUCACUUCAAUGACGACGGAAUCCUCGAUCUGUUCAUUCAGCACUCAGCAAACGGUGUCAUGAAGACGCAGAUUGUCGACGGAGCGAAUAAGGACGUUCUCUGGACGUCAGAGUUCGUGUGUCCUCGUCUCGUUUUGGAAACGUCUGCAAUCUCCACCUCGACCGGCCAAUCGGCAUUCCUGUUCUGGGCCAGCGAGCCAAUCAAAGCGCAGAGAAAUGUUACCAAGACAACGGUGGCGCAAGGCGUUGCUGCAGCAGAGCCGCUCAUCAGGAAGCUGUUCCUGCUGCAUCCUGCGUAUCCCUUAAUCCUGCUGGAGCUGACCAGCACCACGGACACGACGGUCACGUCUGCAGUGAGCUACCAGGAGCAUCAGAAAGACGCCUCCUACGUCACCGUGUCCUCCCGGCCCACACCUGACUCGGAGCCCGGCGCUCGCGUGGUCAAGACCAUGAGCCUCAGAGCCGCCAUCACCAAGGGACAGAUCGUCAGGCUCGGGGAACCCGGCAAGACCGGGGCACCCGUCAAACCUGGCGCCUUCGAGAUCAACAAGUUCUUCAGGCGUCUGACCUUCAAACGUCAGUGAUGAACCGACCCAACGACUUCCGGGACCGUGUUCGGAUGAAAGGGGCCGACGUGGUGGACGGUUCUGCACUUGAAUCCAUUUGAAGCUGUUUACAUCUCGUUAGGUAGAAUUUUAUUUCUGACAGAGAGAGAGAGAGAUUUUUUUUAUUGCUUUUGGUUUCUAAUAUGUUUGUAUCAUGAAAAUGCUUAUUUAAAUUAUUUAACUCGCAUUUAGGAAGUCUGUGAUGUCGAACUGAAUGUUUACAACGAUGUUAUUGGAGACGGCGACGAAAGAACGUGUAAAUGCAUUUUACGGAUCGCUCUCGUAACACUUCCAAGGCCAGUAUAUUCCUGUGGUCACAUGCAUCCCCCCCAGAACCACUCAUAGUACCAUAGCAUCACCGAGUCGUGUAGAAUACAGGGAGGCUGUAAAUAUUUAAUGCUGUACAGUAUUUAUUGUUUAAAACCUUGACGGAUGUUUUUAUGUACAGUCCAGAAUUAUUCAUACCCCGUGCCAAAGUUUGAUUUAUAGGAAUUUUUUUUCUGGUCUUUGUGUCGGCACGUAAAUACACAUUUUAACUAUU